GUUGUGUUUGUGAUGACAGGUGACUGUGGCAAUACCUCACAUCCAGGGUACAAAGCUUAUGAACAGAUCGCAUCAACAAGUUCUGGUCAAGUCUUCCUCCUCAAGAAAUCACAAGUCAACCAGGUGUUAGAAUUUGUGAGAAUCGCUGUCCAGACAAAGAAAGUGAAUUUGUUAUCCAUUGAUAGGGAAACAGCAGCUACUCAUACAUACAUUUUACCCAUUGACUCCAAACUUAAGGACUUCACCGUCUCUCUCAGUGGUGACAAUCCCAGGAUUAUCCUCAAAGACCCAACGGGAAGGAGGAAGACUCCUGACAAUGGUCUGAAAGAGUUGCUGAAACUGAAAAAUGUCUUCAUUGUUAAUAUUAAGAAGCCAGAUCCUGGUUUGUGGAAACUAAAGGUUACAAGUUCAGGGCUGCACACUGUCCGAGUAACUGGACUUAGUCCUUUAGAUUUUGUCCACGGAUUCUCAAGGAAACCAACAUUAAAUCUUUUAGACACUAAACAGAGACCAUUACAAGGUGUUCCAACAAAUGUACUUCUGAAUGCAACAGGACUAGAAUACCCAGGACGCAUCUCUAAUCUUGAGCUUGUCAAUCUCCAAGGAGAAUCACUUGUAGAGGUUCCCGUCAUUUAUGACUCAGUACGACCAUUUUUGUACAAUGUCAGCGCCUUUAUGCCACCAAAUGACUUCUUUUAUCUGAAGGUUGCUGGAACAGAUUCUCAGGGGUUUAGAUUCCAGCGUACCACCCCCACAGCUAUCAGCCCUCAGAUUCCUGAGCCCCCAGAGGUCACCAUGCCCGACCUCACCCGAGGCUUCUACAAUAGGGUGGCAACUCUCACUUGUACAAUAAUCAGUUUGGUACCUUUCCGUAUGCAGUGGUAUAAAGGGAAUGAACCUAUCGGCAACGAGCUGUUUUACACGGAGUCUAAAGAGGUGGAGCUAGAUGUGCCUGAUGCCAAUAGUUUCUCAGAGGGCGUAUACACUUGUAACGCUACCAAUCCCCAGGGAGAUGGAUCUGCACAAACAUUCCUUGACAUACGUGACCCCCCACCAAAGAUUCUCCCUCCUGCCAAUGUGUCAGUGAUCCCAGGCGAGAAUGCUGUCCUAACAUGUCUAGCAUUCAGCACAGUUGACUACAACCUGACCUGGUACAGAGAGAACAGUAUAGAGGAACUAAAUGCCCAUCCCAGAGCUAGGAAAUUCUUAAAUGGCUCUGUUGAGAUCAGAAAUGUGCAAAAAGCAGAUGAGGGCAAGUUUAUAUGUAGAGCAAUGAAUGAAGGAGGAUUCACUGAUGCUGUCGUCCAUCUAAGAGUCCAAGACUCACCCAUCGUAUCUGUCAACCCUGAAACCCAAAACUUUGUGUCUGGGCAGUUAGUGAGGAUCAUUUGCUCGGCUAUUGCUUUUCCACCACCUGAAUUUGUAUGGUUAAGAGAGAAUAGACUCAUCAGCCCAUCUGGAAGGUUUGAGUUUAAUGAUGGUGAAAUGUUGAUUCAUGAUGUUGAGAGAAGUGACGAAGGAGAGUAUGAAUGCCAGGCCACAAAUCCAGCUGGUCAGGAUAGAGCUUUUGCUAAAAUCAAUUAUAUACAGGCCCCAAAGGUGACAGUUGACAAAGAUAGGAUGCUGGUUGCUAAUGGAGACACUGUUACUAUGGUUUGUAAUGCUGAGGGAAUCCCGCCACCCAAAAUUGAAUGGUUCAAAGGGGAAACUCAGCUGAUAGAUUUAUCGUUCAUCCAAAUCACCAAGAGUGGUGAGCUUAUCAUCCUUGGGGUACAAGAGAUGGAUGCAGGAGACUAUAACUGUGUGGCAUCUAAUGAAGCUGGUAGUGAUGAGGCUACCAUUGCACUUGAUGUUGGAUCUAUCCCAGAGAUUGUCCAAGCCCCAAACAGUGUUGGUAUUGCAAUUGAAAAGAAUGCAACCCUACCCUGCUCUGCGGAUGGCCUCCCACCUCCCACUGUGACUUGGAGGAGAGAGGAUGGGCAACCCAUGGACUUCUCAGCCAGAGGAAGGUUCAGGCAGCUCCCAUCAGGGGCUCUCUUUAUCAGAAAAAUCACACUAGAUGAUGAAGGACUCUACGUAUGCAGUGUCUCUAACCAGUUUGGAACACAAGAUGCCUCUGCUUAUAUUACUGUAACAGGUGUUGUAAGACCUGUUAUAGCAUACACUAACCCUUACUAUGAGGCCAUCGAGAGUCGAACUGUGCAGUUGAGUUGUCUUGUGUUGCUAGGCAACCCCAGGCCAAAGGUCAUGUGGUUGAAACAUGGGGAAGUUGUGCAGAACAGUGACAGGUUCAAGGUUUCCAACAAUGGGGUGUUGGAGAUUGUGGAUGUUGAUGCAAAAGAUGAAGGAGAAUAUACAUGUGUGGCUACAAAUGUAGGUGGCAAUGCAACAUUCAUGGCAAGGCUGGAUGUGCAAAUUCCUGCACGUAUCAAGGAUGAUGGAAUUCAUGAGGUCACAGUGGUUCAAGGUCGUUCAGUGACUUUACCUUGUGAGGUCAGUGGAGACCCUCGACCAAUCAUAGAGUGGACGCGAAACAGUAAUAGGAUUUCCCCAACUGACCCACAUUACUUCAUAAACGAGCUCGGGAGUUUAGAAAUUUUUAGCGCCGAUCCUCAAGACAGCGCAACAUAUUCCUGUGAGGCAAUGAAUGUAGCUGGUGUGGCUUCAAAGAAAAUCACUCUUUAUGUACAUGUUCCACCACAAAUUGACCAUUCCGAAGAUGAAUUUACAGUCAUUGUUGGGAACUCUGUUACCCUGCCCUGUUCCAACAGUGGGAUUCCUCGUCCUAUACUAACUUGGCGUAAAGAUGGUGAAAGUCUUGGACGCGUUGAUCAGAGAUAUGGUUUUCUGCCACAAGGGGGUCUAAGGAUAGAUCAGACAUAUGUGGAUGACGCAGGGGUGUACGAGUGCAUCGCAAGUAACAUUGCGGGGAAUGACACCAAGCUCAUCACACUCAUCAUUCAAGUACCUCCCACAAUUGUCAGCGAAGGCCCAACUGAUAUUGUAGUUAUAUCUGGACAACCUGUCUUGCUUGAAUGUGAAACAGAAGGUGACCCAUCACCAUUUGUGCGAUGGAAGAAAAAUGGAGAGAGUAUUACAUUUUUGGAACAAGAAGGGGAAUCACUUGGCGUUGUAACAUCACUUUCUUUAGCCCAAUCAAUGAAAAAAUCAUCAGUUGAAAAAAUGAUGAAGGAGAAGAGAUUUUUUGAAAUCAAGGGAACUGGUUCACUUCUAAUGCCUAAAGUUAAGGUACAAGACACUGGGCGCUACAUGUGUAUUGCUGAAAAUCCUGCAGGAUUCGUCACAAGAGAUUUCUCACUGACAGUUCACAAUCCACCAUUCAUUCCGGUUGACAUCCCAUUUAAUAUGAGUAUAAUAGAGAAUAACCCUCUCUUACUGCUUUGCCCUGCCAAGGGUACACCUCCUCCUGUUAUAAACUGGUACAAAGAUGGAGUAGAGAUCACCGGCAAUGAGAUAGGCGUCAGGAUAUUACGUGAUGGCUCUCUACAGUUUGACAGAGCUCAGGCCUCUGAUGCAGGGGAAUACAAAUGUGUAGCCACAAAUGUUGCUGGAAAUGCAACUCACACAAACAAAGUCAAAAUCCUGGUGCCCCCGACCAUCACAGGCCCAGAUCUCCCAGAAAAUCCAAAGGUGAUUGUGGGUAAAGAAAUGAGAAUGCGUUGUCCAGCCAAUGCAAUUCCACCUCCCAAAAUUGAAUGGUUCAAAGAUGGCAAACUUUUGGAUCCUGAUAACCUUGAUAAUCACAUCAGCAUUUUGAACAAUGGCGGUGAGAUUGUAAUAAGGGAGGCCAUUCUAAAAGACACUGCGAGGUAUACUUGUGUCGCUAGCAAUGUGGCCGGUACAUCUAAGAAGAAUUUUGACCUUCAGAUUCUAGAACCCCCUAAGAUCGAUUUAACAAAGGCCAGUGAAAACAACAUAUCUGUGAUAGUGAACAAUGCCAUCUCCAUUGACUGCCCAGUGACUGGCACCCCACUUCCUAUUAUCACAUGGUUCAAAGAUGGCUACCCAAUUAACCCAGACAUUGACCCCAAUGUUAGGAUUGUGUCUGAUGGACAAAGGUUGCUGUUUACCAUAUCAGAAGUACGAGAUACAGGCAGAUACAGAUGUACAGCUACCAAUAUUGCGGGAAGAGACAAUAAAAGUUUUGAUCUUAGUGUACAUGUUCCUCCGAAGAUAGAGGGUUCAAACGAGAUCUCCCGGCCAGAAGUGAUCAUUAAUCAGACUACCAUUUUGAAAUGUCAAGCCAGUGGGAUUCCUCUCCCUAAAAUAAGAUGGUUCAAGGAUGAAGCCCCUAUUAAGUUCAAUACAUCGCGAUUAACAUUUUUGGACCUUGGGUGGAAAUUAAAAAUCCAACAUUCGCAGGUGGAGGACACUGGACGCUAUUUCUGUCGUGCAAUUAGUAUUGCUGGAGAAAAUGAGAAGUUUUUUGAUCUGAAUGUAUUAGUUCCACCCACCAUUGAGCGAGGAAGUAUCCUAACUUACAAUCCAAAAGUGGUCGAAAACCAAACGAUCACAAUCAACUGUCCCGCAAAUGGUAUCCCAACUCCAGAAAUAACUUGGUUGAAGGAUGAAGAACUUGUAAAUAGGCUUGAUCAAAGGAUACAAUUUCUCUCCAACGGGCGUCAGCUUAGAUUGAGUGUUGCUAGGGUUUCUGAUACAGGACGUUACAGAUGUUUGGUAACAAACAAAGCUGGAGAAGAUUACGCUGAUUUUGAUCUGGAAGUUCAUGUACCAUCAACUAUUGACACUAGAGAUGUUGACCUUGACCCCAAGGUCAUUGUGAACAAAACAACCAUCAUUGAAUGUCCUACAAGAGGUAUUCCACCUCCAGAAAUUACCUGGCUUAAAAAUGGUGAGGCUAUUGAUUUCUCCCGAAAUCCUCACCUACGGACGAUUGUAGAUGGAAAACAAUUAGAGAUUUUACGUGCGAGAGUGACAGACACAGCGAGAUAUACAUGUAGAGCAUCAAAUGAGGCAGGAAGCGUGGAACAAGAUUAUAGUCUUGAAGUUUGGGUGCCUCCCUAUAUUGAUGAAUCGAGGACAUCUAAGUCUAAUCCCCAAGUCAUUGUCAACCAGACUAUUAUCGUCAGCUGUAUGAUAGAAGGUAUCCCCACCCCAAGAAUAACCUGGCUGAGAAAUGGGCGCAAAUUCAACAUCUCCGGGACAGACUUUUUCCCAGGGGUCAACAGAUUCUCUCUCCUUGAUGGCGACCGACAAUUGAAAAUUGUUGAUUCUAAAGUUCCCGAUACUGCCAGAUAUAGCUGUAUUGGUAUAAACAAUGCGGGAACAGUCGAUCGUGAUUUUGAUUUGGAUGUUCUUGUACCACCUCACAUUGACACAAACGGAUUGAAUAUCAGUCCUGAGGUUGUCAAAGGUCGCACUGUCCAUAUAAGUUGCCCCGCAGAUGGUAUCCCUUUCCCAAAUAUAACUUGGUUGAAGGAGAACCGCCCUAUUUCCCUUGGUGGGGGUCGCGUAAGAGUCCAAGCUCAAGGCCGUCAACUUGAGAUAACUCGUUCUAUUGAGUCUGAUACAGCACGCUACACAUGUGUGGCAUCUAACAUCGCAGGACAGGCCAAACAAGACUUUGACCUUCAUGUGUUAGUGCCUCCAUCUAUUGAUGAAUCUAACCUGGUCGACAACCCUCGUGUCAUCGUUAACCGUACUGUUGUUCUGGAAUGUCCCGUCUCUGGUAUCCCAGAGCCAACCAUCAAAUGGUUGAAGGAUGGCAAUAGCUUGGUUACUGGAGUUGGACUUGAAUUGUUAUCCAAUGGGAGACAACUUGAGAUAGCAAGUGCUCAGGUGACUGAUACAGGAAGAUAUACCUGCAUUGCUAAUAACAAAGCUGGAGAGCUGAGACGAAACUUUGAUCUUGAAGUUUUGGUUCCCCCAGAGUUCCACCAUACCAUUGCAACAGAGUUUCAAGUUGUCGAGAACCGAACUGUUUACAUUGAUUGUCCAGCUGACAGUAUCCCACCUCCUUCUUUCAUCUGGUACAAGGACAGACAACCACUCUUUGACUUCCCCUAUCCAAAUCUUGCUCUACAUAACAAUGGGAGACAGUUACAGGUUAUCAGUGCUAAGACAAGUGACACUGCGGUUUACAAGUGUGUGGCAACAAAUGUAGCUGGGCAGUUGAAACAACAGUUCAAACUUGAAGUCUUUGUGCCACCGCAACUAGAAAACAACAGAGUUCCCAUUGACCUCAGUGUGAUUGUGCGACAACCAAUCAUAGUCAAGUGUGAACCAACAGGUAUUCCAGUGCCAUCUAUUAUUUGGUAUAGAGAUGGAAAUGAGCUCACCCCUGGGCUGUUCCCUCAUAUCCGUGUCCUGGAUGGAGGCAGAACGCUACAAAUCGUCAGUGCUGAGGUGUCAGAUACCACCAGGUACACGUGUAGGGCUGAGAAUCCUGCUGGUCAAGCUGAGAAAUACUUCAACCUUGCUGUACAUGUACCACCAACUAUAAAUGGCUCAAGAGGUGUACAAACUCUCUCUGUUGUGAUUGGUCAAUCAAUUACAAUAGAUUGUCCAGCAGAUGGAAUCCCACCACCGAGAAUUAGAUGGUUCAGAGAGGGGGAGCCACUAUCUCUGCUAUCAAAUCCAAAUCUCCGCGUCGUCAACAAUGGUCGUCAGCUGUCUAUUAUCAACGCUCAAUUGCUAGAUAUAGGGGAUUACAUGUGUAUUGCUAGCAAUGCUGCCGGCAACCAUACUAAAGAGUUUAAACUAGAUGUUUUAGUGCCACCAAAGAUUGAGGAAUAUGACACCAGGAAGGCGGUGUCAGUUGACACACGCACCCAGUUACUCUGCGAGACUCUUGGCCUACCAGAACCUGAUAUUACAUGGGAGAAAGAUGGAAAUGUUAUUCCAAACAAUGGCCUUAGAUACAGGAUGCACCGAUCUGGAACUAUCGAGUUCUCCUCCGUGAAAGUUGAUGACAGUGCCACCUAUAGGUGUACAGCAACCAAUGAGGCAGGAACAGAUUCACGUGAAAUGUUACUCGAAGUUCAGGUACCCCCCACUAUAAACUCACAAGGGCCUCAGGAGCUGAAGGUUGUCAUAGAAGAUUCAGUGACACUUCCUUGUGAGGCAACAGGGCUUCCCCAGCCUGUGAUCAGCUGGCAGAAAGGCACUCGUCUCAUUGGACAGUCUGCAGGGUACCAGUCUCUUCCUGAUGGAGCAUUGAGGAUUGCUCGUGCCCAGAUUCGGGACACAGGAAUUUAUAUAUGUAUUGCGCAGAAUAACGCAGGUACAGCUCUUGGCCAAGUGAAACUUGAGGUCCAAGUGCCUCCAUCUAUUGAGGACCAACAGAAAAAAUACACAGUGAUCCAAGAUCGCGAGGUGAUCCUUCCAUGUCGCGCAGAAGGCCUGCCACCUCCCAAGAUCCUUUGGGAGAAAGAUGGUCAAGCUAUCGUGACAAGCAACUUCCACUACAGAAUAAUGAGAUCAGGGUGGUUAGCGAUUCCUGUCGCAAGGACUGAUGAUUCCGGAGUAUUCACAUGUAUUGCUGAGAAUAAUGCUGGGAAAGCAUCCAUUAUCUUAGAUCUCAUUGUACAAGUACCACCUCACAUAUCAGAUGAUAACCGCAUCUACACAGUAUCUCAGGGAGAUACGGCUAACCUUCCAUGCCAGGCUGCUGGAAUCCCUCCCCCAGCAAUAUCUUGGAUCAGAGAUGGUAGGACGAUGAUCAAGGAAGACCAGCGGUAUACCAUCCGAGAAGAUGGCAUGCUCGUGUUUGGAAAUGUAGAGACUGAAGAUAGAGGGAGCUAUGUUUGUACAGCUAUCAACGAGGCUGGAAGAGACUCAAAGGAAGUAGUGCUCAGAGUACAGGUGCCCCCUGUUAUCCGUGUGAUCCCUCGUGAUCAGGAAGUUGCCUUAAAUGGGCGCAUUGAACUGGAAUGUGCGGCCGAUGGUACUCCACCACCUAGCAUCACAUGGCAGGUCAACAACACAUAUCUAUCAUCAACCCCAAGUGUAAAUGGUCGCAGCAUGGUGACAAUUGAAAAUGCUAGAAAAGAGGAUGCUGGGACAUAUGCUUGUUUGGCGGAAAAUCCUGCAGGCAAGACCCGGGCUGUUGCUGGAGUGCAAGUUAAAGUUCCACCCAAGGUUUUGGUUCCACCAGGCAACCGAGCAGUAACAAUUGCGCAACGUGUCAUUUUGACAUGCACUGUACAAGGAGACCCACCACCGAAAAUCACAUGGCUCAAAAAUGGCCGAACUGUUCAGUUAGAUAAUCGUAUACAACAAAUGGAAAAUGGAUCACUUGUGAUUUAUGAAUCCGAUGAGAGUGAUGCAGGAGAUUACAAAUGUGUAGCAGCAAAUGAUGCUGGCAGCAUUGAGCAUACAGCCACUCUCACCAUUAACAUGGGACCUAACUUCAAAGUGGAGCCUAAAGACAAAACUAUCCCUCAAGGUGAAUCAGUCAUAUUUAACUGUGUGGCUGAAGCAGAACCCACACCAUUCAUUACAUGGAAGAAAGAAUAUGUGGAUAUAUUGCAGGAGAAUGAUCGAGUAACAAUCCUGCCUAAUAAUUCUCUGAGGAUUAUAGCAAGUCAAUUGGAUGACUCAGGGAUCUAUAUCUGUAUAGCUAGGAACUCUCUGGGGUCUGUCUUAGUGAAGGCAGAGCUUACUGUUCAAGUCCAUGGAAUGUGGAGUAAGUGGUCAGGAUGGGGAGAUUGUAGUCGCACAUGUGGUCGGGGUGCCCAGUAUCGUAUCAGAGAAUGCGAGAAUCCUGCUCCAGCAAAUGGUGGACGUGCCUGUGUUGGACCAGGAAAGGAAUCAAGAGCCUGUAUUAGUGGCAACUGCCCAGUGGAUGGAUCAUGGUCAGACUGGACAGCCUGGGAAGAGUGUAGUAAAACAUGCGGAGCUGGAGAAAGGUCAAGGUUCAGGAAAUGUGAUGAUCCUCCCCCACAGUUUGGUGGCAGUGGUUGUGUUGGUGCAGCACUGGAAACUGUCAAGUGUAAUGUACAGUCAUGUCCAAUUGAUGGAGGCUGGGGUGAGUGGGGUGAGUGGCAGCACUGUAGUGAGACAUGUGGUGAUGGCACACAGGAGAGGUUCAGACGUUGCAACAAGCCCAGGGCUCAAUAUGGCGGUAGGGAAUGUACGGGGCGGGAAACAGAGCGACAACCCUGCAAGAUUAGAGACUGCUCGAUUCAUGGUAGCUGGGGAGGCUGGGCUCAGUGGUCCACAUGCAGUUUGUCCUGUGGAGGAGGUACAAGGACUCGAAGCAGGACAUGUGACAAUCCCCCACCAGCACACAACGGAAGAUUCUGUCCAGGCAGAGAUAAACAGCGUGAUUAUUGUAAUGCAGAGCCUUGUCCUGUACAUGGUAACUGGGCCGGGUGGAGCGACUUUGGCGCCUGUACUGCCACCUGUGGAGGAGGUCAAAAACGUAGGUUCCGCACAUGCACCAACCCUCCACCAUCAAACAAUGGUCGCCCUUGUAUAGGUGUCAACACUGAUACAGCUGAAUGUGCUGAGGAUGCUUGCCCAGUUCAUGGAGGUUGGUCUAAGUGGUCCCAGUGGAGUGAGUGUAGUAAGACUUGUGGAACUGGCCAAUCACAGCGCACAAGAGUGUGCACGCCUCCACAGUUUGGUGGCAAAACUUGUCUUGGAGAUGACACAAUGGUCCGAAAAUGUAACUCAUUCCCAUGUGAAGUUGAAGUGCCCCAUAUGGCUAUUGGUAAUGUAAUUGGAACCAUAAAUGACAAAGAGUUUGGUAUUGCUCUGUUACUGGCCAAUAUGACCAACGUAGAAGAUAGCACUCUGAUCACAGCCAGACUGGAGGGAAUACCUGGUGAUAUAGGGCGGUACUUCCAACACCUGAUCUCAAUUCUGACUCCUGUCACUUGGACAACAGCGUAUGAACUAGGAGAGGCUGUCAAUGGCUGGACACUUGCCAAGGGAGUCUUCAGACGGGAAGUACAAGUGGAAUUUGCAACAGGUGAAGUUUUAAGGAUGACACAUAUAUCGAGAGGUCUCAACAAGAAGGGCAUCCUCACAAUAGACAUUAUUGUUAAUGGCUACAUACCAGAUAUACCUGAACAGGCUAGAGUCACUGUAGCUCCAUACGUUGAGGAUUAUAUACAGACAGGCCCUGGGUCAAUCUAUGCUAAAUCAACUCGUAUGUUCCAUGUUAAUGGCCACCGAUUGCCAUAUGCCUGGAACCACACGAUUACCUACGACGACAGCCUGGGAAGAAUGCCUUAUUUGGUUCAGAGACUCUCCGCAGAUGAACUCCAUGUUGAUUUCGAUAUAAGUUCCGAAUUGAUCCAAUAUCAGAUGACAGCGAAAAUAGCUAAAGGAAACCCAAGUAAUCGAUGCCCGACAGGCUUUUUCUUGGAUCCUGUUGGUCCUUACUGUAAAGAUGAUGAUGAAUGUAUUAGACUUAAUCCUUGCUCCCAUUUCUGCCACAACACACCUGGAAGUUACUCAUGUUCAUGUCCCUUCGGUUAUUCCAUUGGCUCUGAUGGAAAAACAUGCAAAGAUGUGGACGAGUGUGAUAUGAAUAUUGCUCAGUGUCAUUCCACUCAAGAAUGCAUCAAUUCUAUUGGCUCGUAUAAAUGUGUUGCUAAGUGCCAGCCUGGAUUUAGACGCACGUCAUCAGAGCUAGCAUGUCAAGAUAUUGAUGAAUGCAAGCAAAGACCAAGGCUGUGCUCUCAACAAUGUAUCAACACACUAGGAAGCUACCACUGUCAGUGUCGUCGUGGCUAUAGAUUAAUUGGCGGGAAAAGAUGUAGAGAUAUUGACGAAUGUGCAGAAAACAAUCCAUGUAGCAAUGGAUGCAGAAAUAUUCGGGGAAGCUACCGGUGCUCCUGUCCCCCGGGAUAUCGGCUCCGGGGUCGAGGAGGACAAUGUGUCGAUGUCGAUGAAUGUCGCACAAAGAAAGACAACUGUGCAAGAGACCAAGAGUGCCGUAAUACUGACGGCAGUUUCCAGUGUGUCAAUAUAUGUCCUACAGGCCUGGAGCCUGCCUCUAAUGGAACUUGUAUCGAUAUUGAUGAGUGUGCGCGUAAGACAAGCAAGUGUGGCUACAACCAGCUCUGUGCCAACACAGUAGGAGGUUACACAUGUAACUGUCCCCGUGGUUACACAACUCUUGGCCCUGGAGAGCCAUGUACAGAUAUUGAUGAGUGCAUAUCUAGAGGGCGUUGUCAACAUGAGUGCACAAACACACAGGGCAGCUUUAAAUGUUCCUGUCCUGCUGGCUACACACUGAGUAACAACAAACGAACUUGUCAAGAUAUAAAUGAAUGCCAGACAUUGGACAUAGAUUGUGGUCCUGACCAGAUGUGCUUCAACAGAAGAGGGGACUUUGAGUGCAUCAGUACUAAGUGUCCACCUAAAUAUGACAGAGACCCACUAACAGGGUAUUGUGUCCUUCCUUGCGAUAGGUCAGAUGUUCCAUGUGGUCCUAAUACAAAAUAUGCCGACGUACUUGAAUUCCGUACGGUAGCAUUACCCAAUGGAAUCCCAGCCUACCAAGAUCUCAUACGACUCAUAGCUUAUAAUCAAUAUGGCCGACAGCUUCCAAAAACUACAUUUGUAAUUAUAGAAAAUGACAAAGAAAUUCCUUUCAGUAUUCGCAUAGAGAAGGGCAAAGGGGUUGUGUACACAUUAAAACCAUUAGAAGAAAAGAAAAACUAUAGGAUAAAAGUACAAGCCAAGUCUUACGAUGAUGAAGAGCUUGACCUACAAUAUCAGAUUACAUUCUUAAUCCAUAUUUCCGUGUCAGCGUAUCCAUAUUAGGACAUAAAGUUGGCACGCUGAUGGAGUUGUACCAUAUUAAAUCAUGUUGCUGUCAUGGCACUAUUGUCACAUAGAUUGUAUUGUACAGUAUUUACACAACAUUGCAUACCAAAUUUUGUUUUAUCAUACAAUUAACCUGUUGCCAUAACAAAUCCAUUAUGAUUUUACUUUAUUAUAGUACUCUGUUGCUAUGACAAUAGUGUCUUCUCAUACAUGAUCACACUGUAACCAUUCAAAUGAUGUUUAACGAUAGAACAUCAAAUCCUUUUGUCAUGCCAAUCAUUUUUACCAUCGUGUAUUUAGAGCUUAUGUCACUAUC